UCCAACAACCAUCUCCUUGGUUCUCUCUUUCACUCAUUGCAUCUCCUUCAUCUGUCAUCAUUCUUGUGAUCAUAGGUGUGUCAUGGGUCCAAGAAGCAGAGGAAGGAACCAUGUGUGCUCUGUGCAGCCACUGGGGCCUCUAAUGGAAGGCCCUGACCCUGAAGCACAUGGAGAAGGAGCCAAGAAGGAGAGAUACUGGGAAGUGAUCAGAACAUGGCUGCGGUUGCACAUGGACAAAGCCAUGUCGGGGGCUCAUUCCUCGACCCCUUUCCAUGCCCGCAGCGCAUCGAAGAGGACGGAUCUGAGGCUCAUUCUUGGAGUGCUGGGGUGUCCAUUGGCUCCCAUUCCGGUGACCAUUGAUGCACCAACCCACAUCUUCUGUAUCAAAGAUAGUCCCAUGGAAACGUGCUCGGCUCGUUACAUCAUUCAGCAAUACUUGGCCGCAACAGGAUGCCUGAAACAGUGCAUGAAGAGCAUGUACGCAGCUGGGACCGUGAAGAUGGUCUGCCAUGAGCCACCGAGAACGGGGGGAGAGCGUGGGUGCUUCGUGCUGUGGCAGAAGUCGCCGGGGAUGUGGUCGGUGGAGCUUGUGGUGGCCGGCCACAAGGUGGUUUCCGGUAGCAACGGCAAGGUGGUGUGGAGGAGCGUGCCAUGGCUUGGAACACACGCAGCCAGGGGCCCGCAGCGCCCGCUGCGGCGACUCGUUCAGGGGUUGGACCCGAAGAGCACGGCGAGAAUGUUCGCCGAAGCCCGGUGCGUCGGCGAGAAGCGCAUCAGGGGCGACAACUGCUUCGUGCUAAAAGUAUCAGCAGAUCGAGCUGCGGUCGCCGAGAGAUGCGACGGACCGGCUGAGGUAAUCAGGCACGUUCUCCAUGGAUACUUCAGCCAGAGGAGCGGUCUGCUCACCUACAUCGAGGACUCCCACCUCGCCAGAGUCGAAGCCCCGGGCUCCGACGCCAUGUACUGGGAGACCACCAUCGGAAGCGUUAUCGAGGACUACAGAGAGGUUGACGGAGUGCUCGUGGCUCACCAAGGGAGGUCCGCCGCCACGGUUCUCCGCUUCGGCGACGCAUCUGCGCGGCGGAGCAGGAUCAGGAUGGAGGAGGCUUGGAGGAUCGAAGACGUGGUGUUCGAUGUUGCAGGGCUUUCGGUGGACUGCUUCAUCCCCCCAAAGGAGAUCAUGGCUGGCUUCCGAGGGAAGUGAUCACCUGCAAAUGUUCAUCCCUACCAUCUGUUUGUGAAAAUGCGUGCCUGUAUGACAUCUAAUAAACGUCCAUUGCCAUGCACGGGGAAGA